AUGAAAACUCAGCCACAGACAACAUGGGUCAGAACCAGAGCAUGUAAAAAUAAGAGGCUAAUGAUUUCUGGAGUUGAGCUAACAACCAAAGCAGAAUCCAAAUAUGGGAAGACCUUAACCAAUGCAGACGACAAUGAAAAACUGCAUAAGUUAGUAUAA